CGAAAAAAUUUAAUUUUUCUUUGUAUUUUUAAUGUCCUAACUUCCACACUAUAUGUUGAAAUAUAAUUAGAUUAAUUAGAUUUUUUUUUAGCAUGUUAAUUAAGUAGUAUUUUUUACGGAAACUAUGCGUCUAGUCUAAAAUGAUAUUGCCUGUGGUAAUUCAGUAAUUAUUAUUGUUAAUAAUAAAUUAAUAUUUGAAUGUAUAUCAGCCGCUUAUAUUACCUAUAUAUUUACUUUUUUUCAACACAUCUACAGACUUGAUGUUUAAACAUAUUUGAAAAUAAUGAAUUACUAAGUACAAUACUCUCUAGUCUGUAUGGUAGUUUUUUACAAAAACAAUUAUUUUAUCGGAAGCAGAUGUAAUAUAACUUUACCUAACCAUUAAUUACUCUUGAAACAAAAUAAAAUUAUAUUCACUGCCUACAAAAUAGGUAUUCCUACUAAUGAUUAAUGAGAGUUGCGAGCUUAAAGAAAGGCUGAUAAAAUAUAUUUAUUUUACAAUUGAAUCUUAUAAUAUUGUAGCAUAUUGUUCAACUACAGCUAUUGUAAAGAAAUCGAGAUUAAUCAAACAAAAAACAAAUGAGUUUUUACAGGUUAUUUUCAACUAUCAGUUUAUUGAUAAUAGGUACAUUAUGCAUAGUCCUAUAUUUCUAUAAUAGCACUAUAUCAGUCGAUUAGAUUCAUAAUAUCUAUACACAUAUACCCAUAUAUUGUGGACUACAACCAGUUAUUGCAGUUGUGUUCAACACUUAGCAGUGCUACUUUUAAGGUAUGCCUUAAAAGUGUAUGAUAAGAGAUUCACAAAAAAACUGUUACAGACGUUACAGUAUCUACAAUGAUGUUCAAUACUCUGAUCGAUUUAUCAUACUCCGCGUUGAAGAGUAUUUAAACCAAUUUAUGCAAUCUACAAGAAAACGAAGAUUUCUGGAUAAAGAACUAAUUGUUAAUGCCUUGCGAAAUUCUGAAAAUGAAGACGGAGGGUGCAAGUGCACCCCCUUCGCGGCGCCCAUGAUUAUGGGUACUGGACUUCCCCUGAUACGAUGGAUUCUACGUUUGAUAUGUACGAGCAGUGAUUUUAAAUACUAGUAAAGUAGUAAGUAGUACCUAUUUAUAAAGAAUGGUACGAGGUACUACAUUGCGGUGUGGCCGUGUGCACAUU